GACGACAUGCUGAAGUCGCUGAAGGCGGAAGAUGCAGCAGGGAAAGGGCCGGCACUGGCAGAGGACUGGAGUGCCGGUCGUGCAGCCUCAGAAGAUGUGACACAAAGCCACACCGAGACGGAGCAGGUCGUUCCUUCGAGCACCGGUUCGCCUGAUCAUGACCAGGAUCGUGACCCCGCAACUUCUCCAGUCGAAGCUCCUGCUCUGCAAACAGAGCUGCAAGCCUUGGCAGCGCAGCAGGACGAUCGUGCGCUACGACUGGAGCAGGAGAUGAAAUUGCUGGAGCAGGAAAUGAAGUCGCUGCAGCAGAAGUUUUUCGAGAAUGUGGCGGCUCAAAUGACCGGGGGAAGUGGAGGCGCCGAAGGCAAUGAAGCUGUCCGGGCCCUGAAGGUUGUUGAGAACCUGUGGACGUUACUCGACGCUCGUCAGGAGCUUCUUUAA